AUGAUGGAUCGCGGUGAUGAGAAGACCAAGGAGCUGGUGGUCUCGCCGCACGGUGACCCUCACAUCGAUGAGGAUCCCUUGGCCGACACAGAGAAAUCCUUCUGGGAGCGCAGUUGGCCUACCUUUGCCUGCGGUGCUGGUUUGUGGUCGGAUGGAUACUUGCAAUAUGUCAGUGAUCUCUUCUCUCUUAUUACGUCCAGUGUCAUCGGUACCGUCAACACCAUGCUCGAUCAAAUUUAUCCCAAGAUCUACGCUGGCUCCACCUACAGUCAGAAUGUUUCGUCCAUCGCUUUCGCCGGCACCGUCGUUGGCAUGCUCUUCUUUGGCUACCUCUCCGACCACUGGUCUCGAUCCAACACCCUGAUGGUCUCCACCGUCAUCCUAUUCGUGUUCGGUGCCCUCUGUGCCGGUGCCUACGGCCACAAUGGCAGCCUUCCCGGCAUGUUCACGGCCCUGACGGUCUAUCGCUUCUUCUUGGGUCUGGGUGUCGGAGGUGAAUACCCUGCUGGGUCCGUCGCCGCCGCUGAGAGCAGUGGAGAACUGGCCGAGGGCACCCGGCACCGCUGGUUCAUUCUCUUCACCAACUUCCAACUCGAUCUGGCAUCUGUUGCGUCGUCACUUGUGCCCAUGAUUGUUGUGCUCGCUACCGGAGAGAACCAUCUUCGUGCUGCCUGGCGUAUCUGCUUAGGUCUCGGUGUCAUCCCUCCGCUCAGUCUAAUCUACCUGCGGAUGAAGCUGAAGGAACCCGCCGAGUACACGCGCGAGAAGAUGAACAAGUUUCCCGUCUGGCUAAUUGUCAAAUUUUAUUGGAAGCGUUGGUGCGUCGUCGCCUUGAUCUGGUUCAUCUACGACUUCUCCACCUACUCCUUCAGCAUCUACUCGUCCGCCUGGCUGGCUGAUAUCAUCGGCGAUAAUGCGCCCAUGUGGCAGACGCUCGGCUGGAACACCCUAAUCAACGUCUUCUACUUGCCCGGCUCCGCUCUGGGCGCAUUUCUCAGUGAUUGGUACGGUCCGCGCUACACACUGGCAUUCGGAGUGUUCGUCCAGGGAGCCAUCGGUCUGAUCAUGACCGGAUGCUAUCCUUACCUGGAUACUCCCCACUACGUGGCUGCUUUUGUUGUGGUCUACGGCAUCUUCCUCGCCAUGGGCGAAGUCGGCCCCGGCGACAACAUCGGUCUUUGUGCAGCCAAGACCUGCGCGACGCCCAUUCGCGGCCAGUACUACGGCACCGCAGCGGCCAUGGGCAAAGUGGGCGCUUUCGUCGGCACCUACGUGUUCCCGAUUAUUGUCAAGAAUGCUCCGAACAAGGUCCGCCAGGGCCAGGAUCCGUUCUACGUGUCCAGUGCUCUGUGUAUCUUUAGUGCUUUUCUGGCAUUUUUCUGUCUACCUCAUAUUGGCCAGGAUACUAUCACGCAUGAGGAUGCUCGCUUCCGCGCUUAUCUCGAGUCCCAUGGAUAUGACACCUCUAGCAUGGGCACAACGGGCGGCCAGAGGCAGACGACGCAGUGA